CAGAGCGUUCGUGCCUUACCUUAUCGUUUCUUGUGUGUUGAUAUACGACGAACUAUUUUCUGUAUUUUUCGUCAGUUGUUGUGUUUUACGUUGCGUACUUGCGUUUUUUUCUUCGAACUCUUGUGUCCUGUGUUGGAUUACUGACUGUUUAUUUUUGGUGACGACGUUGGAUAAUGCCUGUCACCGUCAUGGCGAAAAACUACUCACACUGUCCUUUGAAGAAAAGGCCUAUCGUCUUUGACGAUAUUCCUGACGAACCAGAAAACCUGUCAACGAAACCCGAAGACCUCAGCCGCAGCGGCCGCCUCGCCUCAAUCUCACCCCCCUCUUCCCCCACCCUCUCCCCAACCCCCUCGCCAUCCCCCCAAUCCACCCUAACAGACUCGCCACCCUCCUCGCCUCCAAUGUCCUCCCCAUCACCCACCCACUUCAUGUACCAACCCCCCAUCAAAGUGGAACCGUCCCGCCUAGAGUACCCGGUACCCAUCAGCCCGGAAUACGCCCCCCAAACCUGGCACAGGAGCGUGGCACCCAUGUACCACCCAGCCUACCAUCCCUACAUGCCCUACGGAUACCCCCACGAAGGGAUCUACAUGGGCCCCAGCUCACCUUACAGCGACAGCUCGCUGUCACCUCCACAUCAGAUGCAGCAGCCUUUGCAGCCCUUGGCAUUGAGGCCCACGGUGUACUCCUCCAUGGACCACAGCUCUUUGAGCCCGAACAGCUCUACCACUUCGCCACCUCCUCAGACAGUGCCUUCGGCGGAAGAUCUAUCGGAGAAGAGGCGACAAGGAGUGAGGCACCAGUGUCCCGAUUGCGGGAAAAGCUACUCCACCUUCUCGGGAUUGUCCAAGCACAGGCAGUUCCACUGCGCUGCUGGAGAAGGUCCCAAGAAGUCCUUCAGCUGCAAGUACUGCGAGAAGAUCUACGUCAGUUUGGGAGCGCUGAAGAUGCACAUCAGAACGCACACUUUGCCUUGCAAGUGCACCAUUUGCGGCAAAGCUUUUUCGAGGCCUUGGCUGUUGCAAGGCCACAUCCGGACCCAUACUGGAGAGAAGCCUUUUUCUUGCACGUACUGCAACAGGGCUUUCGCGGAUAGGUCGAAUCUCAGGGCACAUUUGCAGACGCAUUCGGAUGUGAAGAAGUACUCUUGUGCCACCUGCAGCAAAACCUUUUCGAGGAUGUCUUUGCUCACCAAGCAUACGGAAGGUGGCUGUACCAUGUUGCACUUGGAGAAGAUGUGCUAGUUGUUUGUUUUGUUGUGGUGACAUUUUCUGCAGUAUUUAUCUCACAGUGCCUUUCCAAAAUAAAGACUGAUUCAAGGAUCUUGUACAAAAUGCUAUUACUAUUAUUAUAGUAGGUUGUAGAUUCGUAAGAGACAGAGGUUAAUAUAUUUUUUGUAUAUAGUUUUGUCAUGGGUGGAUAACGAUCCAAGUUAUUUUUCUAGUCAAAAGAAGCGUUGAAGCUUCUUUAAUGUUACUUUGCCAUUGUAUAGUGCCUUAAUUAUAGUCUUAUUGAAGCCUACAUACAGAUUUUAUACUAUUUAAUAAACAGUUAUUUAUAAUUCGAA